AUGGCUGCCCUGCGACGGGCUCAGGAUAUAGACGAGCGGAGAACUGAGGCAUCGCCUGACCGAGGUAGGGAACGUCCCAAAGACCGCCACCGCGACCGCAGCUACGACCCUCGGACAUCGUCACCAGCACCACGGGCGGGCAGACAUCAUUCCAGGCAUCGCGCUCACGACCACGACGCCCGCUCAUCAGGCAAACACGGCCGAGGCCAUUCGCGCGACAAAAGCCUCGACAGGGACCGCACGCGUCGGCGAAGUCGGAGCGCCUCCAAGGAGGACCGCUAUCGAGGCUCAGAGAGGGAAGCCAGUGCAGACAGGGUUGCCCACCCCCAUCGUCGACACCACCACCAUCAUCAUCACCAUCACCAUCACCACCACCGCCACGACACGACGCCAUCCUCCAAACACUAUCACAGUCGCUCCCCAUCCCCUAGGCCAUCAUCCAAACGCGUAAAACGCCCGCGGAGUCGCAGCACAGUGCGCUCCAGGUCGCCUACACGACGUGCAGAUUCCUCGGGCCGGCCGUCGGCAAGGGCAUACUCGCCUCGCCCUCAUACCUCUGACCGCGAUCGGCUGCCUCGACGGAACACCCCCAACAGUUACUUGCCGCCCGCUUCACACAGGCGUCAGUCGCCAUCCGUAGACACCUACUACAGACCAGCAACACAACGUGCACGGAAGAGAUCGGUUUCACCCGAUAGAAGGUCCAGGCGUGAAUUGUCGCCGAGGGCAUUGUCCCCGGGGUGGACUCACGGGAGGACCACGCCGCCCUUGGAUCAUUCUCGUGAAAGGUCCUACAAACCCAGUCCUGUUCGUGGUCGAACAAGAAGUCGCAGUCGAGCACCAAGACGCGUCAGGUCUCGCUCGUCGCUCCGCAGACGGUCUCCAACAUCUGUUCGCAAAAGUUCGCCCCCCAGCUCUAAACGAGCUAGGACUCCACCACGCAGAAGUCGAUCACCUCCUAUACCCAUACGACGUCGUCAAUCCCGUUCACCCUCUCGAGGGUCAAAGUCAAGAUACCCUACUAAGCACGUUUCCCGCAGAAGUUCACCGGUAUCUGGAUCUGGCUACAAUUCGGAUACGUCCAGGGGUCGUAGAGACGAGAACAAGAUGAGAGGAGCCUACCAUUACCAAGGCCGUGGUGGAUUUCAGCAAUCCCCACCCUAUCCUUCCCACAACCAAUACUCUCCUCAAAAUCAGUCACCCUACCACAGCGGCAGAGGGGGUUGGAGCAACCAGUCCUAUCCAAACCACGGAUCUCCUCCACAUGGCUACAAUUCAGGGCAAUCCCCAUAUCAUCAAAGUCAGUCUCCUGGCUACUACCAAAACCAGUCAUAUCCUCAAUCCGGUUUUCAAUCCAGUUCACAUCGGGGUGGACAUGGUGGCUUCCGCGGUAACAGCUUUCACGGUUCCGAUCGGCGGAUCUCAGGCCCUGCCGGAGGUGCUCCCUUUAGUGGGCCUGGUGGCCGGGGUCGAGGCGCUGCGCCUACCCAAUUCUCAAAUCUCUCAUGGACACCCGCGUCUGGAACACGAGGCGGUCGUCCCGCCACCGAAGCGCCACGCCCACAGCCUCUUCCCACAUCACAGACGGUAGCUGAUUCCACAUCUGUCGACGCUGAUGACAAUCCUUUCCGCCCUUCGAAAGAUCUACGG